AUGUACACUUCCAGGAAGAAAAUUCUCAAGGAUAAGGAUGCUGAACCCACUGAAUUUGAGGAGACAGUUGCACAGUACAUAUUUGACUUGGAGAACACCAACCAGGAUCUGAAAAGUGACUUGAAGGAUCUCUAUAUAAAUCAAGCAAUUCAAAUGGAUGUGGCCAAUAAUCGCAAGGCUGUAGUCAUAUAUGUACCUUUCAGAUUGAGGAAGGCAUUCCACAAGAUUCAUCUCCGACUUGUAAGAGAGUUGGAGAAAAAAUUUAGCGGGAAGGAUGUUAUUUUGCUUGCCACAAGGAGGAUCUUGAGGCCACCAAAGAAGGGCUCUGCCGUUCAACGUCCCCGAACCCGGACAUUGACUGCUGUUCAUGAUGCCAUGCUAGAGGAUGUUGUUUAUCCUGCAGAGAUUGUUGGCAAAAGGGUCAGAUAUAGAAUUGAUGGGUCAAAAAUAAUGAAGGUUUUCUUGGACCCCAAGGAGCGCAAUAACACCGAAUACAAACUGGAGACUUUUUCUGGAGUUUACAGGAAGCUUACUGGAAAAGAUGUAGUAUUUGAUUAUCCAGUCACAGAAGCCUGA